AUGACCGAGAAGGCCACUGAUCUCGACCAUGGAACUCAGAUAUCUGAACGAGCUGUCCUAAGGCUCUCAGAGGAGCAUCCAUUAUCCAUGUCAGGAGUAAACAACGACAACACCAAGAAAGACAUACCCGCACUACCUGACGACUCUCUCGAGGACAAACGGAACUAUGAGUACCCUACUGGAUUCAAAAAGGCGUUCAUCAUAGGGCCAGUGACGCUGACGUAUUUCCUCUUCUUCCUCGAUCUCGCUGUCGUGUCGACAGCAACUCCAGCCAUUACGUCUCAGUUCGGCUCACUCGUCGAUGUCGGUUGGUACGGCGGGGCCUACCAGCUCGGCAGCUCAGCACUCCAGCCUUUGACGGGGAAAUUGUUCACUUACUUUUCCACAAAGUGGACCUUCCUCGGUUUCUUCUUCGUCUUCCUAUUCGGCUCCCUGCUCUGUGGCGCCGCCCAGUCAUCAUCAAUGCUGAUCAUAGGGAGAGCCAUAGCAGGUGCAGGUUCCUCGGGCAUCGGGAACGGCGCGAUGACCAUCCUCGCCGCCAUCUUGCCAGUGCGGGCACAGGCGAAAUUCAUGGGCCUCAAUAUGGGGCUAGGCCAGUUGGGUCUCGCGCUAGGUCCUAUUGUCGGGGGCUGCUUCACAGAGUACCUAUCCUGGCGCUGGUGCUUCUACAUCAAUCUCCCAAUCGGGGCAGUGGUGGCUGGGUUGCUAUUCUUCUGCGAGAUCCCCGAGCCGAAACCAAAGCCAACAGUGCGAGAAGUCCUAAGCACGGCGAUAAAAUCUCUCGAUCUGCCAGGAUUCAUGCUCGUCAGCCCAGCAGCGAUCAUGUUCCUUCUGGGAUUGCAGUACGGCGGCAACCAGUACGCUUGGAACAGCUCAACGGUGAUUGGGCUGCUGGUCGGUGCAGCAGUCGCAUUUGUUCUCUUCCUCGUCUGGGAGUACAGCAAGGGUGACGACGCCAUGGUCCCCUUCGCUAUGCUGAAGCACCGGAUCAUCUGGUCUGCCACUGGGACGAUGUUCUUUCUCCUGGGAAGUAUUCUCGUCGCAGAUUUUUACCUCGCCAUCUACUUCCAGGCUGUUCAUGACGAUUCCCCCGUCAUGAGUGGUGUGCAUAUGUUACCGACAACAGUAGGUAUGGUGCUGUUCACCAUGACCUCUGGUGUAAUGAUUGGAGUGCUUGGCUACUAUCUCCCAUGGCUUCUUGCUGGAAGCUCGAUAUCGGCCAUCGGCUACGGUCUUCUCUCACUCUUGGCACCUACCACACCAGCCGCGAAAUGGAUUGGAUACCAAGUCUUUUAUGGGGUCGGCGGUGGUGCAAUGGCCUCAGGAACAUACGUCGCAGUCCAGAACCUGGUCCCUCCACCGCAGAUCCCUAUAGCCAUGGGUAUAAUCAUAUUUUCCCAGAACAUGGGUGGUGCAGUAUUCUUGGUUGCCGCCAAUGCGAUUUUCAGCAACAGCCUGCGGAAACAACUGCUGCAGCGCGUUGAGGCCAUCAAGAUCGCUCCAGAUAUCAUCAUCGGCACUGGAUUCCGCUCUCUCCGCAAACUUGUCUCAGGCGAUGCGCUGGCUGCCGUCCUGCACGCUUACAGCAACAGCAUUGACCAUGUCAUGUACCUCGGUAUUGCCAUCAGUGUGGCAACUUUCGCGUUCAGUUGGGGUCUUGGUUGGAAGGACAUUCGCGUAGAAAAAAAGCGCAUCGCUCUUCGGUCAUCUGAGGCACAGGGCAAGGAAGAGAUCCCAGAACCAGUGACCUUUUAA